AUGCCUCGAUAUGCGCAAUUGGUCUUAGGACCAGCCGGUUCAGGAAAAUCGACCUAUUGUAGUUCGAUGGUGAAACACGGAGAAGUCGUUAAACGAACAAUCAAUGUUGUUAAUCUUGAUCCAGCAGCAGAACAUUUCGACUAUCCAGUGUUCGCUGAUGUACGAGAAUUGAUUGAAAUUGAUGACGCAAUGGAUGACCAAGCAUUACGAUUUGGUCCGAAUGGUGGUCUUAUUUUCUGUAUGGAAUACUUUGAAAGAAAUCUCGAAUGGUUACAAGAACAGUUAGGCGAUGGCGAGGAUGAUUACUUUCUAUUUGAUUGCCCCGGUCAAAUUGAAUUAUAUACUCAUGUGCCUAUCAUGCGCCGUGUAGUAAACCAAUUACAAAAUUGGAACUUUCGUGUUUGUGGUGUAUUUCUUGUCGAUGCACAAUUUUGUGUUGAACAGUCGAAAUUUUUAAGUGGAAUGUUAACAGCAUUAUCUUCAAUGAUUCAACUAGAAAUUCCGUUUAUUCAUGUUUUAUCGAAAGUUGAUCUUCUUUCCAAACGCGAUAAGAAACGUUUGAAAAAAUUUGUCGAUCCUGAUGUAUAUCAACUAGCAAGCAGUGAAAUAUCGAAUAGUUUUCUCGGAAGAUACGGUCAACUAAACAAAGCCAUAGCAAGUGUGAUAUACGAUUACAGUCUAGUGAAGUUUUAUACAUUGGACAUGAGUAAAGAAGAUUCGAUCACAGAUCUGUUAGGAGAAAUCGAUUUAUGUAUGCAGUAUGGCGAAGAUUUUGAUGUUAAAGAACCGAAAGAGGUGGAAAAUAAUGAAUCGGAAGAUUUUCAUGAUGAUGAGUGA